AUGUACGACAGACCAGACAUGCAUCGGGCAGCAAGCUAUACCUACCCUCAAUAUACCGCUCAGACAUCUCCGAAGCAGUACCCAGCGGCACAUAGCACCAGCAGCGCCUUCAGCGCCAGCGCAAACCCUAACGAGGACUGGACCAAGAUCUCAGAUCUUGCUGAGAGAAGAAGGAUUCAGAACAGAAUCGCGCAGAGAAACUACCGCAAGAAGCUGAAGAAGAGGUUGGAAGACCUGGAACGCCGCGCUGGAUCAAGCUCAGCGUCGCCCGAGCAAAGAUACGAAGAACUCGCUCAGACCGAAACCUCGGAUCCGUCAGAUCGAUCACCACAACUAGGAGCCCAACGGCAUCGAUCGAGCGGCGGCCAAGCACAUCGAGCUCGAACUCCUGAGGUACUUCAGCAGCAAUACGUCCUGCCGUCGGAAGACCGUAGCAUGUUCUCGCAACAGUACACUCGGCAGAUGUCGACGUCGCCUCCGCCUUUCUCGUACAGCGCUUUGUCGGCGGCCGAUAGUACAGGCUAUUCUACCUACGCACAAACAGCUUCGUACUGCAACAUCUCCACCACCAGUGGUGACAUGCCGGUCUACACGCAAUACCUACCUCCGAUGCAACACUAUCAGCAUAUCGUUCCCAGCAUGACAACGCCAGUCAAACAAGAAUACUACAACGACGACGAAAUCAAUCCCUUCAGCAUGAGUUGGGCAUCAAUGGCUGGCGUGGACGUAUCUGCCGCAAACUCAUACCAGGACUCCGUACCUGCAUAUACACCACCUUUGUCCGAGUCCUUCGAACUUUCGCAAGCGGGCUCGCCGCCAGACUCCUACUUCCCAUACACGCCACCGUCCGAUCACACACCGUCGACGCAGCUCUACGACAGAAUAUGA